AAGGGGUUCGAAUCAUGAGUUGUCUUGGUGACCAGUCUGCUGCAUUGGUAGGUCAUGAAGCAUUUGAGCCCGGCAUGGCUAAAAAUACUUACGGAACCGGUUGCUUUUUGCUUUACAACGUUGGUGAAAAGCCAGUUAUCUCCUCUCAUGGGCUUCUCGCAACCGUGGGAUAUCAGUUGGGCGCGAACUCAAAGCCGGUAUAUGCCUUGGAAGGUAGCAUAGCCGUUGCCGGGAGCGGCGUCAACUUUCUUAUGAAUAACUUGGGCUUUUUCCGAGAUGCCAGGAGGGUCGAUGACGAGGCUUCCAGUGUACAAGAUAAUGGUGGCUGCGUCUUCGUUACUGCAUUCAGCGGUCUUUUCGCUCCUUAUUGGAUCGAUACCGCAAAAGGAACAAUAUGUAUGUUCAAGUUCCCUUUUUGCCCCCCCAAGUCAACGAAACAAAAAUGGACAACAGUGGAAGAAGAAAAAAACUGUCAUACUAACAGUAUCCCGACUAGUUGGUAUCACACAGCAUACUAAGAAGGGUCAUAUCGCCCGAGCAACUUUAGAAGCAGUGUGUUUUCAAACCAAGGCCGUCUUGGAUGCUAUGGAACGUGAUAGCGGACAAAAGCUUGCUGAGCUGAGGGUGGACGGCGGCCUAAGUACUUCCAACGUCUGCAUGCAAUCACAAGCCGAUAUCAUUCGCAUACCUGUAAAACGCCCAGCAAUGCACGAAGUAACAGCGCUGGGAGCGGCAAUUGCCGCUGGGAUCGCCAUCAAGAUCUGGGAAGGCCCCAAAAACCUGGAAGGCCUCAAACAAUCAGACAAGACAGUGUUCGAACCAAGGCUCCCUGAAGAAGAAAGCAAUCGAAUUUAUAAAAAGUGGUCCAAGGCUGUCGAGAUGUCCCGAGGCUGGAUGGACAGCAGUGACUGACUGACAUGAUCUGCUUGGAAAAUCUUUUAUUUCCUUUUUCCUGGUCACGAUACCCACGGCAUCUCGUCAAUAUAUCAUUAUGGCACUUCUAGGUGCCAUUGGCUUCGUUUUCGUCUCACCUAUUUGACGAAGUUCAUGUCCAUUCACCCUUUCCUGAUGCUUUUCUUUCUUUUUUCCCCGCUUCCGUCGUUUUCCUCUCUUUCCUCGUUGGCCCUUUAAUGUCCGGAUGAAUUCCCUUUUUUUGUCAUCAACGCGUGCGUAGAUUGGUUUAUAAAGAUAUCGCUUCCUGUUGGCCGUAACUAAUUCCUCCACAUAGCCGGUUGCCCAGCUUUCGUUCCCCCUUUUGCUCAUGUGGGCUCUGGAAAACGGUUCGCUACUAACAUAAACAGUAUGGAGUAUGCUGUGGCAACUCAUCAUUCAACCACGACUGAGAAAGACUUCUGCGUCCCUCAAGAAAACCUUCUUUCUUCCUAUUCCCAACGUUCGCCUCCCGAUAUCGAUUGGUUCAACCACUCUUUACCACUUGCCGUGAAUGCGAGCUGUCUAAUUUCGAGCUGUCUUUCCAGCAUCACUAUCUGGCUAAUGACAUCGGACGCUAGAUUCCACUCCCCCUUAGUUACCGCUAGCUUGGCACCUGGCUGUUCCUAGUUGCCGAAUACAACUCUUACUCUUGCGGCCGGCCUGGGGAAGGAUCAUUCCAACCCUGAUGCAGAUAUGCAUAAAUACGUCGAGGAAAAUGUCUCGGAGUAUCCGAUUCGUUCUAUCGCGCAUCUCGUUUUUCUUCGGGCCCAGAUAUGCGCAUCUAACACGGCUCUUCCCGCGCAAUGCGGUCUGGAUUGCCAAUUUCGAGACUCUAGCAUCUCUUUGUGGAAUUGUUAAUAAUAAUACGAAACCUGGCCUUGCGAAAAUCAGCAGACAGGCAUUGUGUGCCGAGCCUUGCGACAUUGCCCCGAGAGAUAAUUCAUUGGGUGCAGGGACAUGCAUAUAGGUGGGAGUAAUAUAAACCUUGUUCUUCUUUACAUCUUUUUGGACUAAAUAAUUGUGGGAAGGCCGG